AUGGCAGAUUACAGCCCUGUGGCUCUCUCAGACCUGGAAUUACAGUCUUCAGGCCCAGAGAGAGAAAGAGCGAAGCAUGAUUCGAUGUUUGUUCAAGUAGUGGUUGAGAAAGAACCAUUCUUGGCCUAUUGUUAUCACUGUCGAAAGACUACUCUCACGAAGGUUAAGACAGAAUGUAACUGAGAAGCUGUUCCUAUAUGUUUAUGCUUUACCAUCUUCUUCAUCUUUUGCUACAUAUGUUGUAUUUACCAAUACAAUAUGACUAGACCAAUUCAUCAUCACUGAGGGAACUGUAACAAUAAGCUGUUUAAAGUUGCCAACAACUUAAUUUCAUGAUUCUCUUUACUGAAAGAUCUUGAAGAUGGAGACACAGCCGAAAAGACCCAUGAAAACAUGAGAGAAGCUUUAAAGAAUGAGGAAGAGGUAACAAAAAUCAAAGCUAAAAUUGAAAAAGAAAAACAAGAACUCAAUAAGAUCAAAGAAUUAAAUAAACCAAAAGACCUUGACCUUAAAGACCCUCCAGUAGUCCCUGACUCAAAAGAAAUCAAUAAUGACGACCUCCCUAUAGAAACCCAUCUCCCAAACGAAACCAACAAUGACUCCAUCCCUCCCCCAAAACCCUCUAAACCUCCCACAUAACCUUCCAUUCCUCCUAACCCUCC